AUGGACCCAUUCGCGUCGGAUAGUGAAGACACGAAUGAUCAGCAGGUUCCGGAAGACCCAGAACAAUUUGCGGCAGAAGAUGAGAGGAUUCUGGAGCGGCCCGUGGUUUCAGAUCUUUUGGACCGGCGAAAAAUCCAACAAAACAGCUUCGAAGAAGAGCUGAAUGGAGUGGCCGCAUAUGAUGCGAACGCUCUCGAAAGGGGAUACAUUAACCAGGUCAGUUAUUUUGUUUUUCUUUUCUUUUUGGUGUUUAGAAAAGAGAAUGGAGAGAGAAUUGAAUAAUUCGAUGAGUCGUCAUGGAUAAUAUGGGAAAUUCGCUCGAUUAUUACUUGCUUCAUAGAUAGCGGGUUUUGUUUGUUGUUUUGCACUUUUUUGGGUACUUUGCGUGUGGUAAAAGUCUAGUCGAUUUGUUUGGUACCUGAAAUUAUUAUCUUUCGUCAAUUUUAGGCGGAAUCGGCUCUCGAGCAAUUCAGUUCAAAACCGUCGAGUUCAAAAGGUGUUGACAAUCUCUUGGAAGCGGAUUCAGCUAUUAAAACUGGCGAACUCACUCCGUUCGAUCUUUUGCAACAACAAAAAUCUAAAGAUGAGCCUACGACAAUACCAAGAAAAGCAGUUAAACAUGGAUUUAAUCCUCUACCAGCCAAGGCGUCGACCUCAAAAGCCUUUGUCAAGCAGAUCUCAUCUUCGUCGGCUACAGAUGAAGAAUAUUAUGGCUCGAGUGCCAGCGACUAUGAAGAUGAAGAAGAUCCGAUUCAAAUGUCCAGAAAAGUUGGAAGGAACAGAAACUUGAAGAAAAGAACUCUCAAAGCGAAGGACGAUGGAAAUCAAGAUGACUUUUUUGAUAGAAUAAGGUGAGACUGUUAUUGGAUAUAAAAAUUUUUCAUUGUUUUAGUCAAUACCAAGAGGAACAAGAAAAGUUGCAAAGUGAAGGUCUUCCGAAUGAUAUUGAUAGUGGAUUCCAAACCAUCUUGGACAAUUUUAAAGUAACUACCGUUGUCUGGGAUAAGCUGUACAAGUGAGUAAUUUUUUUAUUUUUCGAAUUUCAAAUUUUAGGGUUGUAAUAUGAAUUUUUGGAAAAAGUAGGAUCGUUUUUGAUUCAGAUUUAAUCUGAGUGGUCCGUGACUUUGGUCCAAAUUUACCGUUUUCCAUUUUAGAUACCAAAAGACGGGUGUCCGAUGGCUUUUACAACUCCAUAAACAGCAUGUCGGGGGUAUUCUGGCGGACGAAAUGGGUCUCGGAAAGACGAUUCAGAUAGCCAUCUUGCUUCGAGCCAUCGCCGAGACCGCCGAACCCUCGAGAAUCUUCAAAUUCAAAGGCCUUGGCCCCUCUCUGAUCGUCUGCCCGGCCACUCUGAUCUUCCAAUGGGUCAAAGAAUUGAAUACCUGGUUCCCAAAAUGUCGAGUCAUCGUUUUUCACUCCUCCUCUCCACAUUUUUCGAAUAAAUCCAAGCUGCUGCAGAUUUCCGCAAAGCCAGUACAGUAAGUGGUUAUUUUCAUUAUUAUUUUUUUUUGUGUUUUAGGACUGGAACAGUGGUAAUAACAUCGUAUUCGACCUUCACAAGUGAAUGUAAAAAGUUGGUAAAGCUCAACUGGCAUUACGCGAUACUUGAUGAAGGCCAUAAAAUACGAAAUCCGGAUACGAAGGUGAGGAUUUUUGAUUGAUAUGUACAUGUGGCAUGGUGAAUGUAAGUUUUUCAUAAUUUAGCCUUCUUAAACCGAGUUGAAUUUUACAAUGUUUAUUGUUUUCAGGUCACAAUGUCGAUAAAAGAGAUCAGAACGCCCCAUCGAAUAUUACUGUCAGCAUCUCCCAUGCAAAAUAACUUGAAAGAACUCUGGUCUCUCGUGGAUUUUGUGUAUCCCGGCCGGCUUGGAGCUCUCAAAGAAUUCAAUGAUCGGUUUGCAAUCCCUAUAACUCAAGGCGGCCUGGCUUCGGCAAGCAAAACUCAACUCAGAGUGGCUUAUAAAUGUGCUUGUAUAUUAAGGUAGGUGAACAUGAUUAUUUUAUGAGAUAUGAAAUUAAAAUUGAGGAGGGAAAAGGUAAAAUAAGGUCUAUUUUUGUAUAAAAUUAUGAUUUUUUUGUAGACGAAUUUUUAUUAAAAUUGGAAUUUUCAGAGACGCAAUCAACCCAUAUAUGUUGAGAAGAAUGAAAAAAGACGUUGAAAUGGUAUUAAACUUGCCCGAAAAGACGGAGCAGGUGAGCAAGUACUUGUUUUAUAUAUUAUUUAUGCCUAAAUUAUUGCCCUUUUAUUCUAAAUGUAUGAGGCAAUGAAUAAUUCAGAGUUUUCCCCCAUUUUUUGCAUGAUUUGAAAAUUUUUUUGAUUGUUCACUUUAUUUUUCGACUUUCAGGUACUCUUUUGUGACAUUACCGAGUACCAGAGGAACUUGUAUAAAGAGUAUUUGGCGUCAAGGGAGUGUAAAUCAGUCUUAUCUGGCCAAAUGCACCCAUUUGCGGGACUGAUUGUACUAAGAAAGCUCUGCAAUCACCCGGAUCUGGUCACUGGGUCGCCGGGCGUAAGAACCGGAGAGAAAUCAGACGACUCAGACUUUGGAAACACCUCAAGGAGCGGGAAAUUGCAUGUCGCGGAGAGUUUACUGGCCCUUUGGAAACAUCAAGGACAUAAAGUUUUGUUAUUUACACAAAGCAAACAAAUGUUGACAAUUUUGGAGAAAAUGGUGAUAAUGCAGGGCUACAAUUACCUCAGAAUGGAUGGAGGAACACCGAUCGGGGCCAGACAAGGCAUGGUCAAGCGGUUUAAUGAGGUUAGUUGGGGCUUGGAGGGAGAUUUGGACAUUGGGAUAUUGAUGUAGUAGUAAAAAAAAAUUUCCAAAUUCUAUAUUGCCGAUUUAGAUGGUUGGCUGAAGUUUUGGUUGUUGGUAAAGGAUUAUAUUGGGUUGUAUUUUUUAGAAUAACCGCUGGUUUAGGUUAAAAUUAGGACUAGGUGAAACAAUUAUAUUACACAUAGUACACCGAUCCUAAGAUUUUGAUUUUUUAGACUCCUGACAUUUUUGUGUUCCUCCUAACAACCAGAGUAGGCGGGUUGGGCCUCAAUUUGACCGGUGCAAACCGGGUCCUCAUCUUUGACCCCGAUUGGAACCCCUCGACGGACACACAAGCCAGAGAAAGAGCCUACAGAAUCGGGCAAAAUAGAAGAGUUACCAUCUACAGAUUGAUGACUUCUGGCACAAUUGAAGAGAAAAUUUAUCAAAGACAAGUCUUCAAACAGUUCUUGAGCGAUCGAGUCCUGGUGAAUCCGAAGCAAAGAAGAUUUGUAAAAACGAAUGAUCUCUACGAAUUAUUCAAAUUGGGCGAUGGAGGAAGUUGCGAGACGGAAACAGGCGCGAUAUUCCAUGGAGAAACUAAGGAGGUCAAUAAGAACAACUUUUUUGAUGAACAGGCCAAAAAGUAAGAGGAUUUUGUAUUAAUUUUGGCAAUUUUUAUAUUGUGUUAUGCAGUUUGGUUGAUUUUCUUAUGGUUUUUGAAAAUUUUAGUGUUCUAGGGUAAUGUAAAUUGUUUAGGAAGAAGAAAGACGCCAAGAAAAAGCAGAAGGAACCAGAAAAAAUUGAUUUGGAUGCAGAAGAUGAGGAUCCAGAAUAUGAAAUUCAGCUUACAGAAGAGUACAAGCAAGAACUGUGGAAGAAAGCCCAGGAAAAGUUGGGCAAGGCAGAGGAAAAGACCUAUAUUUAUGAUGAAUUGGACGAAGAAAUGAAGAAAAAAAUUGAUAAUCUACCGGAAAAUCACCCAUUGAAAAGGAGAGUGAUUAGAAAAGAAACGAACAUCGAGCCGGAAGAGGGAGAAGUAGUCGAAAAGAAGGAGAAAAAGUCCAAGAAGAGAAGACUUUUGGACGGAAAAUUUGAAAUCAAAUUUUUGAAAAAACAACGAACUUAUCGCCCGCCGAAAGAAAAGGAAGAAAAGGAAUUAAUGGAGAAGAAACAACAUGAAAAACAGGACGCAUUUGUGCUACAGCACUUGCUGAAGAAUGCUGGAGUCCAUUCAGCGCUUAGGCAUGAUCAGGUAAAAAAUUCAGGGAGGUUUUAUAUUAUUUUAGGUGAUUUUGGGGAUUUGUGGAAAAUUUUGUUGAUUUUUAAUAGUUUUUGGCUGAGAUUUUAGUUGCAUUUGCUUUCAGAUUGUCGGAGAGACCAAGAAGAACGAUGACAUUGAUUUGGUCGAAGCUCACGCUGAAACGGUAGCCAAGAGAGCGGCCGAAGUCUUGAAGUUGAGUAGAAAACGCCACUCGGAUUUUGUCCGCCACGCCUGUUCGAAUGAGCCAUCGAAAAAGUCGAUUUUUGGAAGAAAACGGACUGUUCUUACGGAUGAAUUGGAAGAAGCGUCCAAGGAAGAGGAGGAGAAGUUACCAGCCAUGUUUAACGGAGGCCUAAAGAAUAGUGUCGGCGCCCUUUCAUCGACCGAAUUGUUCAGUGAAAUUAAGAAAAAGAGGGCAGAACAGAUGGAUGAUCAUGUUGUUGUGGAUGCGGUAGACCAGAAUGAUGAAAGUGUAGUAAGUUUUGGGGAGAUUUGGGAUAUUGUAGUAGGUGAUAGAUAAUGAAAUAAUUUUUGAUUUUUUUUUGGUAUUUUUUGAAAGAAUUUUGUUUCCAGCUGUAUCCAUCUUUGGCCCAGAAUAAGAAGAAGCCUGAUUAUGCGCUUGGCGAUGAGUACGAAGCAUUGGCAGAAGAUAUCCGACUGUUUUUUGUCAGUAGAAAUGGCCGGGCGACGACCGGAGAACUUUUGGAUAAAUUUAAGGUAAAAAAUUUUUUGAGGGUUGUUGUUGGUGGUUGGUGUGGAUUAAUGAAGGGUUAGGAACAUUGCUAGAUUGUUCAGUGGGUAAUAUGACAUGUUUCAAAACUGUUUUACGUUAUAUUGUUUUAGAAGAAGGUCCAGCCCAAAGAUUCGUUCGCUUUCCGCUCCAUCCUCCGAAAAAUCGCUCUCCAGUUGCCGAAUUCACAUUGGGCUUUGAAGGAAGAGUACUAUUGA